AGCAGACGCGCGCGUGGCGCGGGAAGCAGUCUCCUUCCCCGUGACCAUGGCGUCGCUCAGAUGUAGCACUGUCGUCUGCGUGAUCUGCUUGGAGAAGCCCAAAUACCGCUGUCCGGCCUGCCGCGUGCCCUACUGCUCUGUAGCCUGCUUCCGGAAGCACAAAGAACAGUGCAAUCCUGAAGCUCGUCCUGUUGAGAAAAAAAUAAGAUCAGCUCUUCCUACCAAAACCAUAAAGCCUGUGGAAAACAAAGAUGAUGAUGACUCUAUAGCUGAUUUUCUCAAUAGUGAUGAGGAAGAAGACAGAGUUUCUUUGCAGAAUUUAAAGAAUUUAGGGGAAUCUGCAACAUUAAGAAGCGUAUUGCUCAAUCCACACCUCAGGCAGUUGAUGGUCAACCUCGAUCAGGGGGAAGACAAAGCAAAGCUCAUGAGAGUCUACAUGCAAGAGCCCUUGUUUGUGGAGUUUGCAGACUGCUGUUUAGGAAUUGUGGAGUCAUCCCAGAAUGAGGAUUCUUAAGAUGGAUUAUUGUGCUGCUUGCUCAAACGUGUGCUUGACUCCCAGAACCUGCCUGCUCCCUCUCCCAGGAGACCAGCUAGUGUGGGGGGCCCCAGACAGAAGAGGUUUCCAGGAUGCAGACUAGGUUAUACAGGCCUUUACCGGCAUUGAUGUGGCUCAUGUUUCAGGCAGACGUGGGUCCCUUAAGGUGGCAAGUCCUUUAUGGAGAAAAAUCUUGACAUUCAGAUGGUUGUUUUUAAACGUUUUACUUUUGGUACAGUUGAUAGACAUCAUAAAUGAUAUCAAGCUUUACACUUCAUAUGGAGUUAAACUUGGUGAGUAUUACUAAAUAAAAUCAGGAUGUGAUUCUACUGUA